AUGGCAGCUACUCGAUUGUUCCGGUCGGUUCGGCCUUCUGCCACCGUGGUGUCUUCUUCUUCUUCAUCAUCGCCAUCCACGGCGGCGACUGUGAGGUGCUUGGGUAAAACAGGGCUAAAUUCAAAAAAUGGCGAACGGUUAAUAACCUCCGGCGACGGUGAGAGAAAACCGAAAGUCAACCUUAAGGCGGCGGCGGCGGCGGCGGCGGCUCCAGAGACUGUGGAGACGAAAACCAGAGAACUCGAUUUGGGUUCUUUGCUGGCGAAUCUACUCGUUCAAUUGAAGAACACGGUGGUGAAGACAAAGAUUCGGAGGCGACAGAUUCAGAAAUUCAUUGAAAAGAUCAUAAUCGACUGCCGAUUCUUUACAUUAUUCGCCGUCGCCGGAUCUUUACUGGGUUCGAUUCUAUGUUUCCUUGAGGGGAGCUUUAUUGUUGCAGAGUCGUAUCUGCAGUACUUUAAUGGCGUUUCACGGAGGUCCGACGAGAGUCAUGCGGUGGAGCUUCUAAUUGAAUCAUUAGACAUGUUCUUGGUCGGAACUGCUCUGGUUGUUUUUGGUGUCGGAUUGUUUGCGAUGUUCGUUGGAUCGGAGAAGAUGACGGAAAAGAACCAGCGGUGGGUCUCUGGGUCGAACUUGUUUGGUUUGUUCUACAUGAAGAACAUUCCGACAUGGGUGGAAAUGGAAUCGGUGUCGGAGGCGAAGUCGAAGAUCGGACACGCGGUGAUGAUGAUACUGCAAGUGGGUGUGUUGGAGAAGUUCAAGAGCAUACCUUUGAGCUCCGCCGCCGAUCUCGCCUGUUUCGCGGGCGCCAUUCUGAUUUCCUCUGCCUCUAUCUUCUUCCUCUCCAGACUCAACAUAGGUGGCGGCCGCCGCGGCGGUUACAAGUAAACGGCCACCA